AUACAUACAUGCAUACAUAUGUACAUAUAUGAAAUAUUUAGUCACUGCUCACUGAGAGUUCACAAAGAGUUCAAUUCGCAAAACAAAAGAAGAAGAAAUGGAGCCAGUAAGAUUCGCAAUCACUAAUACACACACACACACACGCACACGCACACGCACACGCAUGCACGGUUGCGCGACUCAGCGCCGGUGGAUCGGUUUUGGUGCUUCUUUUCCAUUCUGCUCUUCAUUUGUUUUUUGUUUCUGCUGAUUGUUCUGCGGCUGAUUUUGAUUGCGUAUGACUCUUCUGCACUGUUACGCGCGGAGAUGCGUCAAUUACGCCACACUGAAAAGUAAUUUUCCAAAUUAUUUUCGAUUUGUUUGAAAGUUUGUCAGUUUGGUACGAUUGGAAACACAUGUAACGGUAUCUGUUGAAACUUUGGCAGAUACCACAUACGAGUAUAGACAUAUUUAUAUGCUCAUACAUACAAACAUACAUAAAAACAUAUGUAAGCAUGAUACUGCACACACUGAUUUCUAUUCAUCAUGGCGUAAUGUAUCAAUUAAAUUUUAAAGAAGAAGACGUUGGAUUUCUCUUUCUCUCAUUUUCGCUAAAAAGGAGUAAGAAGACUCAGGCAAUAGGAGCGGAAUGUAGUUGUCUGAUUUUUGAGUGAGAUCAGACAGAAAGAAGCCAUUUCUGGUCCACUAGUUAUUGAACUCUGUUUAUAUUCCCAUUUCCAGAGGCGCCUCCAUUCUCAAAGAUAGACAGCUGUUUGUUGAAUGCUGGUGCUCUGGGGUAAUUCAUUGGCAGUGACACAUCAAACAAAUCAUUUGAAACUUUCUCUCAGUGCAUAAUUUGGCCAAAUUACACAAAGCAGUCUAAAGACUUGGGCAAGAAAUGCAUUUAAGUACAAUCAAAAGGUUUUCAAGUGUCACUGUGAGGGCUAAAAAUAAAACCGAUUGUUUUUUGUGAAGAUGAAGAAGAAGACUUUUGCAUUUCAUUUCCAAAAUUUUGUGAGUAUAAAAAUUGCGUAAGACCCAAGCAGGAGCAUAUUCGCCAAGUUCAAGUCAAGCGCGCUACAACGACGACGGGAAGUAUAACCGAUGAUGUAUCGCUAUAUCUGCUUUGCUGCUAUUCUCAUUUGCGUCUGGGCCGCGCCCGUAGAUGAACAAGUAAUGGUCGUGACCGAGGAACCCGUUAUGGAGUUGCGUGCGCCACCGAUCGAACAUGUACUGCCGCCAAUGAUCGUGCCUGAGAUGCAAACCCGUGCGCCGGUUGUUGGCAUUAUGGACGCCGGCCUGCAACAGUCUACCGAUGGCGCUUAUAACUUCCACUAUCGUGGUGAAGACGGCUCCUACCGUCAGGAGAGUGCGGUGGUCGUCAAUCCAGGCACUGAAUAUCAGUAUUUGAAAAUAACUGGCUCUUACUCGUACUUCGAUGCCAAUGGCAAGGAAGUGGUGGUGCACUACAAUGCCGACGAUCGUGGCUUUGUGCCGGAGGGCAAUAAUAUUAUGCAACAGAUUUCCACCGCGGCGAAGAUGAACAGCCAGCUGCCACGAGUGGAGGAGAAGCCGAGGCCACCACCAUCGCACGUGCCGGUUGUCGGUGGCGGUGUGUGGGCUAGUCAAAUGGUGCAGGUGUAGACGUUGAGGAGAUCGGCAAAUGUAUAGAAACUUAUUGGCGUCACUUGAGCGUUUAAAUCGUUUGCAGAAUAGCGAUUUUUUAUUUUUUUACUACAUUUUUAUUUCAAUUAAAUUUUUUUAUUUAAUUCUUUUAAUUUUUUUUUAAAUUAUUAGCUUUUUCUAAUAUUUCCAGUACUUUUAAUUUAAUAGUUUUUGUAAUUAUGCAUCUUUAUU